AUGCCGAUGACACUGGGUUACUGGGACAUCCGCGGGGGCCUGAAGAAGAUCUCUGCCUACAUGAAGUCCGGCCGCUACCUCCCAACGCCUGUGUACACAAAGAUGGCCUUCUGGGGCAACAACUGGCCCAGUUCCAGUUGUGGGGAAGAUGGCUGCUCACCUGUGGCCAGGGGGUCACGCACAGCCCUGGGGAGGCCUGCCUCUGUGCCCGGGGCGCUGGUGUCUGAGGGUGGUGACAGCUAUUCUCUGUCUCAGGAGAAACUGAAGCCCGAGUACUUGGAGGGCCUCCCUGAAACGCUGAAGCUGUACUCACAGUUCCUGGGGACACGGCCCUGGUUUGCAGGGGACAAGAUCACCUUUGCGGAUUUCCACGCUUACGAUGUCCUUGAGAGGAACCAAAUGUUUCAGCCCAAGUGCCUGGACGCGUUCCCCAACCUGAAGGACUUCAUGGCCCGUUUUGAGGGCCUGAAGAAGAUCUCUGCCUACAUGAAGUCCGGCCGCUACCUCCCAACGCCUGUGUACACAAAGAUGGCCUUCUGGGGCGACAAGUAGGGCCUGGUAAGGCCCAGAGAUGGCAGUGAGGAGCCCAUGCUCAGCCUGCUGCCUGGGCCCCUGGAGAGCCGCGGACUCUCUGCACCCGAGUUGCGGCCUUCUCGUCCCUCUGCCUUUUUCAUUCCCUUCUCUCCAAGGCCUCAUUGGCGCUUUUUGCUUCCCCUAAGCCCUGUCCCAUCCAGGCCCUCUGAAGCCUCAGCUUCCCACUUUCCUUCAGCAAGGUCCCCUCCCACCUUUCCCCUUCCCUGCUCUAAGGCCACCGUGACUUUCUUCCUGUGAGCGGUUGUGCCUGUGCAGCUGAGUCCUGAGCUGUCCCAGCAGGGCCCGAGGAUCCGCUUUGCCUGGCGUGCAGGCCCCGGUCCCCAGCGUGGUCCCUGCACGAGGCCUCCCUGAUCCCCAGUAAAGCCUAAACCACA